AUGCCUACCCUUCUCAGUCUUCUUUCGGUAUCGCUGCCUGUGAUUCUGUCCGCUCUGAUAUAUCAGAUCGGCCUCCCAACUUUCAUCAGCGAGCACGUACCAUCCACGCUAUUUCCGAAUUUGUUCGUACCCACACACUGCUACAAGAACGUCAGGACACUAUCGUCGAAGCUUCCACAGGCAGAAUGCUUCACCAUCCAUGACGGCAAAUUCUCGAGCGUCUUUGUAGAUUAUGCAUCUGAUAAUACAGUCAAAGAAGCACGUACUGGCUACGUAUAUCCUGGUCUGUGGGAUGGACACGGUCACUUGAUACAGUUUGGAGAGUCUCUAGAUUCCGUGAGCCUCUUUGGUGCCGAAUCUAUGGACGAGGUGCAGAAAAGACUGGUAGAGUACAGGGCAGUCCGUCCGGAAAAAGGAUCUAGUGAACAAUGGCUGAGAGGUGUUGGUUGGGAUCAAGCUCAUUUCGAGGGAAAGUGGCCUACCGCAGCAGAUCUAGAGCUAGAUGACGACUUCAAAGAUCUUUAUAUCAUGCUGGAUCGGGUUGACGUACAUUGCAUUUGGGUAUCCGAGAAGGUACUCCAUCUCCUCCCCUCAUUCAAUGUACCUCCCGGAGGCGAUGUUCCAGCCAAGGGUGUCUUUUGCGACAAUGCCAUGGAUAUCGUCCUGGAGUAUUACCCGAAGCCUGACAAGGCGCGCAAAACCGAGUUCAUCAAAGCUGCGAUGUCUGAUUUGAACAAGUAUGGCAUUGUCGGAAUGCAUGACGCUGGCGUAGUACCGGGAGACUUGGAGCUCUAUGAAGAGCUGGCGGACCAUCCGGACUGGACUGUCAGAGUCAAUGCCAUGAUCGAAUGCGAUGUGCGUAACACGUUUUGUCCUGAAGCUGUGAAGAAGGUUUCGACGUCAAAUGGAAAAUUCCACGUGAGGAGCGUUAAACUUUUCGGAGACGGAGCUUUGGGUUCUUGGGGCUCAGCUAUGAUCGAGCCAUAUAGCGACUUGCCGGAGUCCUCCGGCUCGCUUCUUGUCAACGCAACUACACUGUCACGUGUGACGCAUGACUGGGCCGUCAACGCAGGAUAUCAAGUAAAUAUCCAUGCUAUAGGGGAUCUUGCUAAUAGGCUUGCGAUUGACGCGUUUGAGGCAGCCUUGAAAAGCUUGUGCCCCCACGCUGACCCCCGCGACUGUCAAGCUAAACAUCGUUUCCGUAUCGAACACGCCCAGAUUAUCCAUCCAGAUGACCAGCGUCGAAUCUUAGACCUCGGUAUUAUUGCGUCAAUACAACCCACGCACGCGACCUCUGAUAUGGGAUAUGCGGAGAGUAGACUUGGUCAACAACGAACAAAAGAUGAGGCUUACAGAAUGCGGUCAUUGUUACCGGUCCGUCCAGUACUUGGAAGUGACUUUCCAGUGGAGCCCGCGAGUAUCUUCGAAGGAAUGUAUGCAGCGAUCACACGGCGGAGUCCACAUACAGGCCUAGAUCCAAAUGGUGGCAAGACCGGCUGGUACCCUGAGGAAAGCCUCACUUUCGAGCAAGCUCUAGAGGGAUUCACAGUAAAUGCUGCGCACGGUGCGUUUCUAGAAGGCAAAGCUGGUGUCAUCGAGGCAGGGGCGUAUGCGGACUGGAUAGUGCUUGACGAACAGUUGGAAUCCUUGGACCCGGAGUCUUUGAGGAAGAUGACAGUGAGAGAGACGUGGGUGGGGGGCAAACGAGUCUAUUGA